AAAGGGUACAGCAAGUGCAAAGGCCCUGAGGCAGAACAGCAUCUGGGUACUCAAGGAGCAAAGGAAGAGAUGAGGUAGGGUACCAUCACUUAAGGCCUUGUAGAAGGUCUUCUCUUUUAUCCAGAGAAAUGGGGAGCCACCAAGGGCUUUUGAGAGUGGAGUGACGUAAGCUGAUUUAGGUUUCUAUGGGGUCCAUGCAUUGAGACCGGACUGGGGAGGAAGACAGCAGGGAGACCACUCACUGCAUGUGUAACUCUGAGCAAGUCUCUGAGCCCUUGUGAGCCUCAGUUUCCUCAUCUGCAAAAUGGAGACACCCCAACACUCCCUUCACUGGGUUCGGGGAAGAAGCGGUGUGUAUAACUCAAGUCAGCGAGGACCAUGGCACAGGGGAAGUUCUCGAAAGGAGAUUUUUAUGCCUGAGGAACCUGUUCAUUUUUGUGAUGCCCUCGGAGCAGAGUUGGGCAUUGAGUCUUAGCUGUCAUCGUCAUUGGGAAUUACUGAGGGACAUUUCCAAAGGAGGAGGGAAGGGGAGGGCUGGGGGCCGAGGGCACCGGUGGAGGUAGGAACCCCAGACAGGAGGUGUGCACAGAGCAGGGAUGGACACCAGCCCUGGAGAUGGAAAGGUGGCUCUGGGUUCAAAGCCCACCCUUCCACAUUGACCACGAACAAGCGGCAAUCAACUUCGCAGAGGUACCAGGAGAAUUCGAAGGGGGUAUUUCUGACGCGUGAAGGAGUGUGACAUCGAAUUACUGUAGUUCUUGUUCUCCUGUUGUGAUGGAGACAAUAAGUGUUCUGGCUCCCCUGAGGACAUCCCAGCAGGCGCCCUGGGUCUGUCAGCCAGCCCCGCCCAGGGGCCACUCCAGCAGGCUGUACCAGGGCUCCAGGUGGCAGGAGCUCCCCAUUCUCGGCACCAUGAACACCAGCACUGGCCCAGAAGCUUCUCCCAAACGGAGUGCCAAGUCUAUCUAUGAACAGAGGAAGCGUUACUCCACUGAGGUUAUGGCCGAUGUUUCCCAAUAUCCAGUCAAUCACCUGGUGACCUUCUGCCUGGGUGAGGAGGAUGGCGUGCACACGGUGGAGGACGCCUCGCGUAAGCUGGCCCUCAUGGACAGCCAAGGCCGCGUCUGGGCCCAGGACAUGCUGCUGCGCGUGUCUCCCAAACACGUUGCGCUGCUGGACCCAGUCUCCAAGGAGGAGCUGGAGUCGUACCCGCUGAGCGCCAUCGUGCGUUGCGACACGGUGAUACCGCCGGGCCAGAGCUGCUCACUGCUGCUGCUCGUGUGCCAGGAGCCCGAGCGCACGCAGCCCGACGUGCACUUCUUCCAGGGUCUGCGUCUGGAGGCGGAGUUGAUCCGAGAGGACAUCCAGGGGGCUCUGCACAACUACCGCUCGGGCCGCGGGGAGCGCAGGGCGGCGGCGCUCAGGGCCACGCGAAAGGAGCUGCAGUGCCACCCCUCUCCCGCCGCCGAGACCCCGCCCCCGCAGCACCGCCCGACGGUCCGCGCCGCGAUCAACACGGCGGAGCCAGCCGCGGGCCGCGGGCGACCCCAGGCGGACCCCAUCCCAGAGACUGAAGAGAUGCGGAGGCCGGGCCGGGCGGAGGUCUGCAGUAGCGCUGACCCGGCCUCUCGGGACCUGGGCCCCCGGGGCCCAGACCUGGCCAGUCUGCAGGCGGAGCGGGAAGUGGACAUCCUGAACCACGUGUUCGACGACGUGGAGACCUUCGUAUCAAGGCUGCAGAAGUCUGCCGAGGCCACCCGAGUGCUGGAGCACCGAGAGCGCAGCCGCAGGACCCGGCACCGGGAGGCGGGGGAGGGCCUCCUGACGCUGCGGGCCAAGCCGCCCUCAGAGGCUGAGUGCAUCGAUGUGCUUCAGAAAAUCAAGUACGCCUUCAGCUUGCUGGGCCGGCUGCGCGGCAACAUCGCCAACCCCUCCUCCCCAGAACUGCUGCACUUCCUGUUCGGACCUCUGCAAAUGAUUGUGGACACCUUGGGCGGCCCCCAGUUUGCGAGCUGCGUGCGGCGGCCGCAUCUGACUUCCGAGGCUGUGGCGCUGCUGUGGGACAACGUCACCCAACUUGAAAACACGCUCUGGACCUCGUUGGGGGACUCUUGGACCCGCCCGGGGAUGGAGCUACCCUCAGAGGAGGGACCCCCAUACAGACCUGAGUUCUACAGUGGCUGGGAGCCCCCAGCCACGGACCCACAGGGCCGCGCCUGGGAGGACCCAGUAGAGAAACAGCUACAGCACGAGCGGCGGCGCCAGCAGCAAAGCGCUCCUCAGGUCGCUGUCAAUGGUCACCAAGACCAGGAACCAGAAGCUGAGCCCCAGGGGCUGGAGCCGGCGGGCAAGUGGGUCCUAUGUAAUUAUGACUUCCAGGCGCGCAAUAGCAGCGAGCUGCCCGUCAAGCAGUGGGACAUACUGGAGGUCCUGGAUGACCAGCGCAAGUGGUGGAAGGUUCGGGACCAGAGGGGACAGGAGGGAUAUGUACCCUAUAAUAUCCUGACACCCCACCCGGGGCCGCGUGGGGGCCGCAGCCUGGAGAGUAGCACUCCCUUUCCCCCUCCACCACCAGUGUCAGCCCCGGCUCCGGCUCCCCCUCCACCACCAGCGCCGGCCGUGGCUCCGGCUCUCCCUCCCCCACCAGCCUCGGCCCCGGCUCCUCCCCCCCCGCCCCCUCCCCCACCAGCGCCGGCCCUGGCUCCGGCUCCCGGUCCCCGACCAGCGCGGACCCAGGCUCCGGCUCCGUCUCGGUCUCGGUCUCCCAGGGACAGCUGCGAGAGCCUCAACAACUUGGACUCCAGCAAGAAGGAGAAAUUCUCCCAGAUGCUCAGUAUCAACGAGGAGCUGCAGGCACGCCUGGCCCAGGGCCUCGUGGGCCCCAGCCGCGCAGCCCCGGGGCCCCGCACCCCGGAGCCGCAGCUCAGCCCGCGCUCCAACGCUUCGGAGGUCCGCGCCUGGCUGCAGGGCAAGGGCUUUAGUUCAGGGACCGUGGCGGCGCUAGGCGCACUGAGCGGCGCGCAGCUAUUCUCGCUGCAGAAAGAGAAGUUCCGGGCGCUGAGCCCCGAGGAGGGGGCGCGCGUGUACAGCCAGAUCACAGUGCAGCGCUCGCUGCUGGAGGACAAAGAGAAAGUGUCAGAGCUGGAAGCGGUAAUGAAGAAGCAAAAAAAGAGGCUGGAAGACGAGGUGGAAACGGAAGUCAUUUGAUCCUUCCCCGCCCCUCUGCUAAGUUUCCAGGCAGCAGCCCCGCGGGAGAACGGACUCUGCAGACUGCCCCCACCAACGGAAGUAGAUCCCUCCAGGGAUCGCCGACCUGUUCCAGCCUUGGUCUUACCCCGUCCGGUU